AUGGCGUGUACUUCUUUGGAAACCGGCAUCUGUCACAGUGUGUUGGUUCGUCGUAACAAUAAGGGGUUCGGCUUUACGCUGAAGGGGGAGUGCCCUUGUCGAAUCAACACGGUGCAGAAGAACAGUGCUGCCGCGUUGGCAGGUUUAUGUGCCGAAGACAUGCUUAUGCGAGUGAACGAGAUCGACGUUCGUCGCCUGUCCCACCGCGAGAUCGUCGAUAUGAUCGCGGACGCUGGUUCGGCUGUACUUUUGGCAGUUCAGUCGCCCGAGACCCUGCUUAAAAAAAGCCAUAGCAGCAGACCUGCCAUGCGACAGCAGCGUUCUGAGAUCGCUCCAAAGGUAGCUGGUCAGAAGAAGCGGGGUACUCAUCGCAGCUUUUCUUCAACCACCUCGUCGUCAAGGAGUGAACGGCCUUCCAGACUGCUGCUUGCGAAGGGAUCAGAGGUGGCUGUUAUCCAAGAGCCUACUGUCAAGGAGCAAAAACCUCAUCCUGAUGCCUUCGAGAUGGUUGACACGAUGGGGGUCAUGUUGCGGUCAUGCAGACGAAGACGCUCGGUACUGGCUCAGAACAAGUGUGCCAGCGCGCCGGUGUUUGGAGAUGACAUGGGUGAGACAUCGUUGAUCGUCCAUGCAGGCGACCCGUCAUGCUUAGACAGCUGUUCGGAUGAUUCCGACGAAGAUCAGUCGUCAGAUCUAGUGCUCAAGGCGGUUUUAGUUUUUAUUGGUGCCGUGACGGUACCCUCUUUGAGUACGCCAAAAAGAAGUCUUAAAGAGCAGCACGUUAAGACACACACCGUCAUGAUGGAAAUAUAUGCGUCGUACGUCAUCUUGUUGAACUCUAAGCUGGCAAUGAUCCAUCGCUUCGUGGCCAGCGACGUGGCUUUCGUAACAACCUGCAUCGAAAAUGGUCAGUACUUCUGCAUCGUCACACAGCACUGUGAGAAGAACGACGGGAGCGAGUGUUUCGUGUUCGCCAUAGACCCCGGGUUACAAAUGCACUCGUUCCAUUACGGUUAUGCCAAGAAGUUCGGGAUUCGUUGUCAUGCGGGGGUGAUCCCGAAUGGCGUAGGCUGCAACAGCGGUUGUUCCGCGUUUCCCUCUUGUUCACGUCCAGUUGUACGUGCCCUGUCGUCCGUCCUCAAACCCAAAAUUGACCAUGGUCCAUCGAUGACCAGUCGUGGCGGUGGCGAGGCUCUCACGGACAGGAAACGCAUUAGACAUAGCUGCGUCAGCAGCAAUAGCGACAGCGGCAUUAGCAACGCUAAAGACGACGAGCCCCAUUCCUGUUCCACCUGCGAACUCGCUUCCGUGAGCGGCAGCUCCUGUAGUACUGUCGGCGGUUUGCAGCAGUUUUCGCUGUUUCCUCGUAAUAAAAAUGCGACGAUGACUCUGGUGACGACGAAACAAAAGUUUGGAACGAUCGAUGGUGAUUUUGCCAACAUAUCUGAAAGGUCAUACAGCGACCCAAACUUGUUCGUGAAAUCCAGGGCCCCUCUCUCUGGUGUUAGAAAGAUCUACAAAAGCAUGGACGACAAUAAGGAUAGUGAUUCAAGUCCACCAGAUGAAGUACGGUCAGAGCCGCAUUUGGAAUCGGUGGACCAAGAGGUUGUGAAAGACAGGACAAGUAAAAAGUACGCGACCGUUUUACGAAGAAAGCUGAGCAACUAUGUCUCUUCGACGUGGCAGAGCGAUAAAAAAAAGCGAGCGAUAAUUCUUAAGGAGCGAUACGAAAAGUGGAGAAUGGAUUUCGACGAUCUUCUGAAGGAUCCAUUUGGAGUGCGGAUUUUUACGAAAUUCCUUACCGAUCAACACUGUGAGGAGAAUAUCGAGUUUUGGCAGCAAUGCGAGAUUUACAAGGGAAGCGACAGCGACGUGCGUUCGAGCAUGGCCGUAGAUAUUCAUGAUCAAUACUUCGCCAGUGGCUGCACUUAUCCGAUCAACGUUGAUUCCAGUGUCAAACGGAAGGUUGUAGACUCGGUGAAGGAGGGCAUCUUUGAUGAACAUCUGUUUGAACCAGCCCAGCAACAGAUAUUUCUUUUGAUGAAGUUCGAUUGCUACCCAAGGUUUCUAAAGUGGCUCAAUUUUGACCUGGUUAUGUCGGAGUGCGAGUCAACCUCACUGAAAAGAGAGGAGCAAUCCACGUUGGAAAAGCCGUUAAAUGCCUCGGUGCUACAAAAACUUAACCGUCCGGAAAGUAAAGAAGAAGAGCGCAAACAAAAGGCGUAUGACAUCAUGGUUUCCUUUGAAGGGAAGACGUGA